GGAUUUGCCUCCGCCUGUUUAUCACUGUUUAUUUUUGCUUAAAGAAAGCCAUGUUGUCCCUGGCUCGCACAUCCAGGGCCAGAGCCGCGGCGGCGGCAAAGGCUCAAGCUAAAGCUGUGGCUUGUCGCACCGCUCACACAGCAGACGGACCAAGGAGCCCCAGGAGGCAAAGGCAACGCCAGAAUACAGACUCGGAGACGGGAUACAGGCCGCAGCAGAGGAGGAUCUCGGCCAAGGAAGCAGGGCAGCAGCAGCAGCAGCAGCAGACUUCGGCGGCGCGGUACUGGCCUAAGCUGGAGAUUCCGAGGGAGGCCAAGCGGUUCACGUUCACCGAUGAGACGACGAGGCGUGGCCCUGUUAGGGUUGCUUGGACGGACAAGUUUCUCUUUGUCGAGGAUCCUGCGACGGAGAAUGGACGAAGGGCGCUGAAGCCUGCGACGCUGAGGGAUAGCUGCGCCUGUCCAAAGUGCAGAGACACCUCAUCCGGCCAAAAGACGUAUUCCUCCGUCGAGAUCCCCGUCGACAUUGGCCUGCAAAACGUCAAGCCCACGAAAAAGGGGCUCGAAAUCACCUUCUUGCACGACAUCCCGCGCUUCGCAGAGGACAAGGGCAAGCCGCACGUCAUGCUUCUGCCGUGGGAGUCGGUCGAUCUGUCGCUCAAGCGCAAGGGCAUGGAGGACGUCGUGACUCUGCCUCGCCAGCGAUCGGUCCUGCGUCGCACGGGCGUCGUGUACUGGGACCGCGAGACGAUUGCGCAGCAGGUGCGCCGCAUCGACUACGCCGAGUUCAUGAAGGACGACAGCGAGGCCUUCUGGGACGUCAUCAUCGACAUCUGCCGCUUCGGCCUGGUGUACCUCAAGAACGUGCCCCGGGACGAGGAGUCCAUCGUGCGAAUCACCACGCGCAUCGCAAACAUCCGCGAGACGUUUUACGGCCGCACGUUUGACGUCCGCGCAAAGCCCAACGCGGAAAACGUCGCCUACACGAGCGGCUUCCUCGGCCUGCACCAGGACCUGCUGUAUCUCGACCCGCCGCCCAUGAUCCAGGUGCUGCACUGCAUGGACAACUCGUGCGCCGGCGGCGAGUCUCUCUUCAGCGACGGCGAGCGCGUCGGACGCCUCCUCUGGCCGUUCCUCACUCGCCAUCGCAUGGCGCCCCUGGCCGAGCACCACGUCCCGUAUCAGUACGGAAAGAACGGCUACCAUUACUUCAGUUCGCGCCGCGUCAUCGACGGCAACGACUCGGGCUUCACAAACGUCUUCUGGUCGCCCCCCUUCCAGGGCCGCUACCUCAGCCCCGUCAAGGACAUCCGCCGCUGGAUCGAGCCCGCCCGCAUCUUCUCCUCGCUGAUCAACGACCCGGCCGCCAUCCACGAGGAGAAGAUGGAGCCCGGCGAGUGCGUGCUGUUCGACAACCUGCGCGUGCUGCACGGCCGCAACGCCUUUGACGCGGCUGGCGGCGGCGCCAGGUGGCUCAGGGGCGCGUACAUUGCCGCCGAAGAUUUCCUGUCGAGAGCCGCCCAUAUUCCCAAGGGGAUGGCGGAGAAGUAUCGCGGCGAGCAGCCGUGGGCGCCGGCGCUGGCGCAGAAGGCGUUGAGGCAGACGGCGUGGCAUGAGGAUGCUGUGAGGAGGAUCAAGGAGCUUGAUCCGGCGUUGGAGGACUGACUGUGUAAGACAUGAGACGACGUGCAUCUUGUCUUAGCAGACAAGCACGCGACAACAAAGAAACAUGAUGUAAAGAAUGUAAAAAGGGUUAAAAAAGACUAUUAUAGUCUCAAUGUACAACAUAACCUCUCAUAACAAUUCAGAUUAAGCAACCUAAAAGUGGCAAUGAAAAAAAGCCAAAAGCAAUUCCCUUUUUU